GCGCCACCCGCCGCCAUGAACGGCAAAGGACAAUAUCCCACUCAGCCGUCCUACCCUGUCCAGUCCCCUGCCAAUCCUGCUGUGUACCCACAGACCGUGCCCCUUCCACAGCCACCACCCUACACAGACUCCCCUCCUGCUUACUCUGAGCUUUACCGUCCCAGCUUCGUGCCUCUGGGGGCUGCCACUGUGCCCACCAUGUCCGCAGCCUACCCGGGGGCUUCGCUCUUCCUGCCCGUGGCGCAGUCGGUGCCUGUGGGGCCGCUUGGCUCCUCAGUGCCCAUGGCCUACUACCCCGUGGGGCCGGUGUAUCCCCCGGGCUCCACGGUCCUCGUCGAGGGUGGCUUUGAUGCUGGAGCAAGGUUUGGAGCUGGUGCAGCCCCCAGCAUCCCUCCCCCUCCUCCAGGCUGUGCCCCCAGCACUGCCCAGCUGGCUGUGAUGCAGGGAGCCAACGUCCUGGUGACGCAACGCAAGGGCAACUUCUUCCUGGGUGGCUCAGACGGUGGCUACACCAUCUGGUGAGGGAGGAAGGGGAAGGGGGAGAGGGGAGGAGGCUACUUUUGUGUAAGGAAAGACAUCACAUCCUGUCAGCACUUCUCACUGUAACUGCUUUAGUCCAUAUUAACCUGACCCGCAGAUGAGGCACGCAGGGGGGAGGCCUCUUCCUGCUUCGGUGCCCUGCAGGCACUUUCAAGGGAACCAGAACCCUGCUGAUGAAGGGAGGGGGCACUCAUUCAGGCAGUGAAUGUGAGCUCAGCAGCCCUGGCUCUGCCUCCCAUGGCCCUGCAGCAGCACCAGAGCCCUGAGCUUUCCUCCCCAGCUCCCUGUGUGCUGGCCCUGGGGUGGGUGAGGGAGCAGGUCCUGGCCAUGCCAGGCUGCUGGCUCCCAAGCCCCAACCACCCACUUCUCUCUGCCAGCCAAGUGGAGGUGCUGGGCAGACAAGCGAAGUAAACUUCACUCCCCAGCAGUGGGGAGGGCACCUUGGAGCUUCUUUCUUCCUGCCCUGGCUCUAGAAGGGACUCCUGGAAGCCCUGCGUGCUCCCAGCCGCCCCUCAUCACCCCCCCAUGAGGAGGGCAUGCAGCUGGCACCUCCCAUGGGGUUUGUUUUCUACACUCCAAGGAACCUUGGAUUUCUUUGCACAUUAGAUCUGAUCAAAGCCAUGCUUUGGUGCCAGCCACACAAUGCAGCUCAUGGUGGAACCUCUCAUUGGAUGCUAACCAGGCUUUGAGUGAUGCUCAAUAAACAAAACCUUUCUUUUGGGUUGGGUUUUUUUGUUUUGUUUUGUUUUGUUUUUGAUUUUUCCUGGUGUCCUGACACCAAAACCUCCUCCAGGCUGUGUUCAGACAGAGGCUGGUUCCCAUCUGCCAAGGCUGUGUAGCAGCUGUCAAUCAGCACCCAAAUGAGCUUUCCUUAGGGUUGUUUGCUGAAUGCUUCACUUUCAACACGAUUCGGGUUUGAAGGCUUGGUGUAGGGUUAAGAAGAACAUUUCAGGGAUCCUCAAUGUUUUGUUUUUUUUUUCUUUUGUUGUUUUAUGAACUAAAAAAAGAGAACAGAUUCCAAUCUAUUUUCUCUGGAGGUUUCAGUUUGAUCUAAAUCUGUGUCUUGUCUGUGUUGUGUUUAACCAUCAACUGACUGUUAGCCAAGUCCAGCAUCCUGUCUCUCUCUGUACACUGUGGUGCACUUAACUUGUGGAGUUUUUUUUUAUACU